GCAAAGUCAAAGCAACUUGCUUACCCAGUACUCCCUCGGAGAAAAUGGCGGAGUAUGUUCAGGUGGCGAAGAGGGCGUUACAACAGCUUAGGGGUCAUGGUGGCCUUCGCGGGGCUUUGGUACAAUUCUUCAGGGUCAAUGAUUUGAAGACUGGUACAUUAGUAGGCACUGACAAAUAUGGAAACAAAUAUUAUGAAGACAACAGGUACUUCUUUGGUCGUCACAGAUGGGUUGUGUAUACUGAGGAAAUGAAUGGCAAAAAUACAUUCUGGGAAGUGGACGGAAGCAUGGUGCCACCUGAGUGGCAUCGCUGGCUUCACUGCAUGACAGACGACCCCCCAACCACACAACCACCAGUGGCUCGAAAAUUCAUUUGGGAUAACCAUAAAUUCAAUUUAAGUGGCACCCCUGGACAGUAUGUGCCAUAUUCUACCACCCGUAAGAAGAUACAGGAGUGGAUUCCACCUUCUGCACCUAGCAAAUGAAUGGAAAAGAACUUGCUGAUUUGCCAGAUGUUAGAUGUAUAGUGUGAACUGUAUCUUACUUGUAUUUAAAUAAAAGCCUGUAACCAGAAUUUUGUUGAGAACAGACGUAUUUAUAAAUAAAUGACCAACGGAUGGCAGGUGAUCAUCAUCA